UGCGCAUGCUCCGCAGCCCGUGCCUUCCUUACGGCGCCCAAGGCACAGGGAAAAAAGAGGCGGCUAAAGCGGCUGAGGACCGGAUACCGCCCCCAUGGCGCAUGUGCGCUUCCGCGGGCUUGUCUCACUUUUCUUUUUUCUGUGGGGGCGGGGCGAGCGAGCGAAAGCGGUGUGGGGAGAGAUGCGAAAGGCGGGGUUUUUUCGGUUAUUGUUAAUUUAAAAGCACACUUCGUUUAAAGUAUAAACGACUCGAAACGUUAAUGGCGGACGCGAAGUUUCCCCCUUUGCCGGCCUCUCCGUGAGUAAGGCGCGCGCAGCGAGCGGCGUUGGCGUGGCAACGGCCGUCACCGCCGCGAGAGGCAGCAGCCCAACCGCCGCCACCAACGCCGCGCCCGCUUCCGGUCCAGCCCCGCCCAUCUCCUCCUCUUCCUCUUCCCCCGCCCCUCGUCGCGCGAACGCUGCCAGGCCCUCUCGCCGUGUCCCCUGUCAGGGCGGCAGCCGCUAUGUCCGACAAGGAGUUCAUGUGGGCCCUCAAGAACGGAGACCUGGACGAGGUGAAGGACUACGUGGCCAAGGUAAGGCCGCCGGGGGCGGGUGGGCGUGGAGGCAGGCAGGGAGGGCGGGAGAGCCUGGGCGCCGCUUCCUGGCCUUGAGGCGGGGCUCCCCCUUCUUCCUCACAGGACCCGCCGUCAUCUGCUUCGCAAACUAAAGGUGCCGGGGCUCAGGCCCGAGCUCUUCCCCUGCUACUUUCUGGAGACCGCAUGUGUGUGUGUCGCAAUCGACACAUGCUCAGGGGUGCUCUUGCCUCACUCCAGGGCACCGGAAAUGAUUUGGAUGGUGGGUGACCCCCUCCCCGCUCGCCCCCCUUCGUCGUGGAGCUGCAUCUUUCCUGACGCCGUGAUGGAAGCUGAAGGGAAGGCUUUGCCUCUUCCUCCUGUUAGAGGCCUAGUCCCCGCCCACCCUUAUGCUUGAGCUUGCUUGUGGAGAGCGUGCUAUCGUCCCUCGUCGGUUUUAUAGAGGUUCAAGCAUCCUCCCUCUUUCCCCAGUUCGCUCUUUCUGAACCUCCCCCCCCCAAGGGUUAGAGGGCCGAAUUGCCCCACUCCAAAAUUAUUGAGUGAAUUGUAUGCUGCAAACGUAAAGCCACACCCUUUCUUCAAUGUGUGGUCCUUACCUGCUGUAUCUGUACCUGUAUUUUAUUUUAUUUGAUUUGAUUUAGGAGGGAACAAAAUAUAAUCGCAGCAUGAUAAGUGUGUGAAGGAAAUGAGAUAGGUGUCUCAACAUCCUGCUGGGUUUUUAAUUGAGCAAAUGGUGAUGAACUAAAAUAGCAAUGGAAACAUUGAAUGGAAGACCUUAGUACCCACUAGGUUUUUAUUGAGCCAAAGGUGAUAAAAUGAAGUAGCACUGGAAAAACUAAGUGUGGAGGAUUAAGACCUUAGUAUUCUUUAGCCAGUCCGGUUGAGAGUGUAUAACUAGUUAAGUUCUGUUAAGAACUAAUUAAUCCAUCUCAUUAGAACUGGAGAAGCGUGCAUGAUGGUGAGAUGCACCUUUUGCCAUUCAGUUAUAUAUUCUCUCUUAUUCAAACAUUUAUUUAAAAGUGGGCAUGACAGCCUCUUGUGCUGUUCCGUGCAAGGGUGGAAGUAAGAGCUGGUCAGCAAAAGGAUUUCAUUGUCUACUUUCAUGUUUCUGGUGGCCAAAUAAACAAAUAGCUGAUCUGCAGAGCCUUCUGCCUCCAGGGCUAGUGGUGUAACUGAGAUCAGAAAUAGGGUAGGCAGAUUUAUAAGAGAGCCAGUUUGGUUUUGUGGUUGGUGUUAAACCAGUGCCUGAGAGACCAGGGUUCAAAUCAUUGCUCAGCCAUGAAAAUAAGUGAGUGACGCUGGUCAGCCACAGUCUCUUAGCCUAGCCUGCUUCACAGGGUGGUUGUGAGGAUAAAAUGGAGGUAAAGAGAACCAUAUACACCAAAUUGAGCUUCUUGGAGUAAAGAUGGGAUAGAAAUGGUGGCUUUCAACUACCAAAGCCUCGCUGUAAAAUUGGGUGUCCUUGGACAAGGUGCAGUUUCCUGGAAAUGGAAGGCAGUGAAGUUUUGGUAGAAGUUGGGUGCAAUAAUGAUGUUAGGGCAAUAGUUCUAGGUGUUAGGGGCAAUUUCACAUUUAAUCAUGUAGAAAGAAGUGAGGACACUGAAGCCCCCUGGGGCUCUUGUGUUAAUGCAUUUUUGGCAGCUAAGGCUACUUAAAGGUAAAGGGACCCCUGACCAUUAGGUCCAGUCGUGGCCGACUUUGGGGUUGUGACGCUCAUCUCACUUUAUUAGUCGGCUUACAGCUUCCGGGUCAUGUGGCCAGCAUGACUAAGCUGCUUCUCGUGAACCAGAGCAGUGCACGGAAAUGCCGUUUACCUUCCCACUGGAGCGGUACCUAUUUAUCUACUUGCACUUUGACAUGCUUUCGAACUGCUAGGUUGGCAGGAGCAGGAACCAAGCAACGGGAACUCACCCCAUCGCAAGGAUUCGAACCGCCGACCUUCUGAUCGGCAAGUUCUAGGCUCUGUGGUUUAACCCACAGCGCCAGGAGGAAACCACUUGAGGAUAGAAGCUGCAGGCAGGAAAGUUCUGCCCUCCUCAUCAGUGUUCCGCUUUUGCUUUUAAAUUACAUAGACUUGCCCAACUCAUUCACUAAAUAGUUGGGACACUUCAGUAUUUAAAUCCAUGAAACUACUGCCUUCCUGUGUAACAACUUUGGAAAGUACCCAAGUAUGGUUGCUUUCAAAGUAUGCUGUUUAGCUGGGUAGACCUUUGGUCUGAUUAGUGUUGUUGCUUUAUAUACUAUAGAAGUAGGCUAUUCUACUUCACAAAAGUCAUAUAGGAUGAAAGGAUGUAGGUUUCAUAAAACCUGAAUGUCGGGGAAGAGGGAAAGUAAGUGUAUCUACAACAAAAUCACUUCGCCCAGCUUGUAGCUAUAGAUUUGUGUAGGCUCUGGCAAACAAUUUUGAACAAGGUGCCUGCUGUAGACUGAUACCUGUACCGAAGAAUACUUGGUGAAGAAUUUAGGCAGCCUAUGUAGGACAUUUGUAAAUGAUGUACAAAUUCCAGGAUAGACAUAUAUCACUUUAAAAAUUUGAUUUGUAUACAAUAUCCUUAUUGUGUUAGGGUUUGGUGGUGGUCAUGUUAAUGAAUUUAUAUAUUAACAACACUUCUAUUUUUUUAAGGUGCCCUGGGUACUCUGUAGAAAAGCAGGUAUUAAAUAUUGUACUAAAGAACAAUAGCAAUAGCUACAACUGUGGGGUUCUUUCCAGCUUGAAAUAGCAUGCAAACAGAGAGUUAAGAGAGAUGCAGUCAUCUACUUUUCCAUCCUCCUCCUCUAGGCUAAUAAAAGAAAGAAAGCUGCCUUCCCUAGGGUGCAAUUAGUAAUAUGGAAUGCGUCUUUGUCUGAUCCUAUGGUGUAUAUGGUACAACAGGACAUUAUAGUGGUGAUCAUAUUUGUGUGAAGUAGUCAUAAACAUAUGUUCAGCCUCUUCUAUUGAGUUAUGAAGGUAUGAAUCUGCUGGUUCUAGGUUCCAUUUUUUGUAUUUAAUUGCACAGAUGUCUACUUAUCACAUUACUUAACAUCAGGGAUAACUUUCUGACUUAAGAGCUGUUUGACAGUGGAACAGACUGCCUCGGGAGGUUUCUAAACAGGUUUCUAAACAGAGGUUGGAUGGCCAUCUGUCUUGGAUGCUUUAGUUGAAAUUCCUUUGGGGUCCCUUCCAACUCUGUGAUUCUAUGAUAAACCUAUGUGACAAGAGAAGCUAAUCAGCUUGCCAUGCAUGUACAAUUGACUGCAGUUAGGCACAAAUACUUUAAAAAUGUGAAUGGGCUUAUAAUGGGGUUUGAUUUGACAGGUCUUGAUUCAUAAUAAAUUAAUCAAUAGUCAGACUUCAUCUUGAGUACUGUUUCGAAUUCCUGGGUGCUGCACUAUCGGAAGAAUGUGAACAAGUUCAAACAAGGUUCAGAGGAGAGCAACAAAGAUGGUCACUGGUAUGAAAAACAAGUCCUGUGAAGAAAGUUUGAAGGAACCGGGUUUGUUGAGCCUGGAGAGGAGAAGAAGUUUAAGAAGGGGCUUAAUAGCACUUUUGAAAUAUUUGGAACGCUGUUGUGUAGAAAGGGGCAAAGCCUUGUCCUCUGUUGCCUGGAGGCAGUAAUGAGUAUGACAAUGGAGCCAGUUACCUAGGGUUUUGAUGAGCUCCUCCCUGGAAUUCUUCAAGCAUAGGAUGGAUAGCCAUCUGUUAGGGAUGCUCUAGCUCUGGAUUCACUGCAACAAAUGGGUAGGUCUAGAGCACAACUCGGGUCAAGUAGGAUUCUAUGAAAACCUAUUGGCUGAACUCAAUUUUCUCAGUGUGAAAGUCUCAUCAGCUCUAAUUGAGUCAUGAGUAUAUUCAACUAGCCCGAUAAAUAGUACUAUCCCUCUGUGUCUUGUAGCCCAUGCAUUUCUGGUGCUAUCUGCUGUACUCAAAGAUGUGUUGGACUUCACUACAGUAGAUCCUUUGUUUCUGCUUGAUCUGUGUCAGCUCCUGAUAGCAGCCUCUGCUGGUUUCAUGUUCAAAUUUUUCUAGUGUUCACUUUAAACAUUUUUCUUUAAACUGUCCCUUUCUCCUCCACCCCAAACAUUAUUUCCAGACUUCCUGUUUAGAGACUUGGUUAGACCAGGGAUAGGAAACCUGUGGUCCUUCAGGUGUUGGACUACAACUCCAUUCAUCCGUGACCAUUGGCUAUGCUGGCUGGGACAUAUGGGACUAGAUGUUCAACAAUAUGUAGAAGGCCACAUUUUAUAUUAUGUUUCUGUUAACAAGAUUUAUAUGCUGCUUGAUUGUAGCAAAGCCUAAACAGUUUGUAAGAAAUAUUACCAUUAUAAAUAAAACAGUUAAAAAUAGGUAAUUCAAGCAUUUGUUUAAAAAGCAGUUACAAUCAGCAGUAAACACAUUAACAUCUACUUGUCUGAAUAGCUUCCCUCAACAAAAAUAUUUUAAGCAGGUGCCAAAAAGAAUACAGUGGUACCUCUAGUUAUGAACUUAAUUCGUUCUGGAGGUCCGUUCUUAACUAGAGGCGUGCUUUUGCUAAUGGGGCCUCUUGCUGCCGCUGCGCCGCCAGCACACAAUUUCCAUUUUCAUCCUGGGGCAAAGUUCUCAAUUCAAGGUAACUCUUCCAGGUUAGCAAAGUUUGUAACCUGAAGUGUUUGUAACCUGAGGCAUUUGUAACUUGAGGUACCACUGUACAAUAAAAGAGCCUGGUGCCAAUUCAAUAGACAGGGAUACUUUUGUUUUUGCCUGCUCAUAUAGCACAUCAGCUUCCUGUUUUUCUGGCAGAUUUGACAAGGUGAUUAAGGGUUGGAGAGUCUGAAGCAAAGAACUGAAAAACUCUUAAUUAAAACCAAGGCCCAAUUCAGACAACUCUUCUCCUUUCUAUUGGGCCUGUACUUGUGUUGGAUUAAUGUACCUGCUUGCUGUGAAAAUUUCAGUAUCAAAAUGAUUAUAUUGUGGUUCUAAGAUUCUUGUAAUCUGACAUACAGAAAGGAGUGCACUGACAUAUAGAAAGGCUCAACCAUGUCACCAGCUAUUCCUGGAUGAGAUGUUCUUGCUUCCAGAGCUAAGGAGGCCUGGUCCAGAGUUCACAUUUCCUCAUUUGCUGCCUCUCUUGUUUAAAAAGCUAGACGGGGCAGUAUACACAACACUUAAUCAGUUCUAACCACAGGAAUGUAGCAAAUUUGAUGUCCUCGAUCUUAAAUUUGCCUUAAAUCAGAUAAUUUGUCAGUUUCAUCAAGGUAACCACAGUUCUUGGGUUGAGUUCUAUUAAGUUCCACCAGCGCAUUUAAUUUUAAACAUCGUAACAUUCCUUGAGUCUUCGAAGCUUUGAAAAAACUCAAAUCUAUGUCUUGUAUUUCUCUGGGCAAAUUUAUGCUUCUCACCUGAUAAUUUAGUUGCUCUUUUCUCUACUUUCUGUGGUUCCUUUUCUUUGACAUAAAGAAACUGGAGCAAAUAGGUGUUCUAAAAAUCAGCCUGCUGUAGAUCAGAGUGGGCAAUCUUUUUCCUUCUUUCUUUUUCUGUUGAGGCCUGCAUUCUUUCGGGAGUAAUGUCUUGGGCACAUGCCAAUUGUGAGAAGGGCUGACUUGAAGGAUUGGACUGGGACAGAGCCAAAAGAAGACCCCCCCUUUUCUCUCUCUCUCUCUUUCUCUCUUUCUCCUUCCCUCCUGCUUUCUACCCAGCAGGAGCAGAUCACUUGCAGAGGACUUUUGAAAUUUGUCUUGAGUUCUUUGUGUGACAUGAGGACUUUAGAUUUAUAUUUUAUAGGGGUUUGUAACUUUGUGUCUUCUCAGUUCCUUUCCGAAUAAUGUUGGUCUUAAGAAAGCCAAGUUGCUGACUUCUGAGAGCUUGCUGCUUUCAUCUUCGAGAUCUUUUUCCUAAGUAACUGCAGCCAACCCAGAACCUUUUAGUGUGUGAGAGAAUUAUUCCACUAUCUGAUGGUUUACAUUCACCGUGAAGAAAUAUAAGACUUCUGGGAUACGUUUUCAGUCUUGAGACACUUCAAAAACUUUAAUUGGAAUCUAGACUUUCAUUUUUACUUCUUCUUGAAGGGAUAUACUAUAAGAAUCCUUUUCUUAGAAUGAAUAAAUAGGUUUUCUUAUACUGACACAUAUUUCCCUUAGGUUAUGCAUUACAUGUAUGAAUAGAGGAGGUAAUAUUGACCUGAAAAGAGCCUUUAAGUGCUUAUUAGUUAGAAGCUGAGAAGAAGGUACAUGAAGUGGAUUUUUAUAUUGGUGUUCAGGAUAGGAGUUGGUAUUAUCAGAACAAGAGGUGCAUUCAGUGGUCUCAAGUGAUUAGGGCAUUAGUGCUGAUGAGCAUUCUGUAACAGUUUGACUGAAUUCAGUAUUCAAAGAAAUAAUCUUUUAGUGUAACAAAAGGGAAAUGCAAAAGACAGGCAAAAGCAAAGAUAGUUGGCUUGGCUUAAUAAUCAGAAGGAAAAGCAAUGAACAUUUUAAAUUAUAAACUUAGAGUUGCACAAUUAAAAGAUUUAUCACUAAAUUUAUUCAUUGUGCUUUUUAAAUGUUCUGAUGUCAUGGUGCAUCAAAUGAGUAAAGACAAUAAAAAUUUAAUUCAGUCUUAUAAUUCAAGAUGCAAAUGAAUGGAGGAAUUUAAAUGAUUAGACUUUAUCAAGAGUCUUAUUCAGAGCUGGAAGCACAGUAUCUAUAUGGUCUGGAAGCCUUUGAGUUCUAAUAAAUGAAAGGGACAUUCAGCAGUUCUAAAAUUCUGAACCAUAAAAGAAAAGUCACUACUAGUACUUUAGAAAUACUGUUGUUGUGCCAGAAGUAUGCCAAAAAGUAUAUUGUGACAGAGUAAAUUGCUACAUUCUUGGAAUCUGCUAAUUAUUUGAGUUAAGGAAUUUAUUGGGUCAUUGCACUUGGGACAUGAUACAAUCUUUCAAGAUGUUUGUGGUGUGUGGAUCCUUCAGAAUUUUCAUACAGUGCUUGCUAUAAGUACUCUAUAUAACACUUGAAAGUAUAACAAACAAAAGACAUGGGCAGUAUACAGAAUUUGGUAGUAGCUUUUAAUCUAAUCAAGAAAAACAAUAAAUUUUGUGGAUAUUAUGUCUGUUAAUAGUUGUGUAGAACCUCUAGGUUCAGAAUCGCUAUACUGUACCAGGGAAUACCAGUUGACUUUAUGGGCUUCUUGGUUGCAUCACAAAGCAUCUUGUGGCCUAUGGAAGAAACAUGAUGUAGAACAGAGGUCAGCAAACUUUUUCAGCAGGGGGCCGGUCCACUGUCCCUCAGACCUUGUGGGGGGCCGGACUAUACAGUGGUACCUCUGGAUGCAAACAGGAUCCGUUCUGGAGCCCCGCAUCCUGAAGCGAAUGCAUGCGUCUGCGCAUGCACGGGUCGCGAUUCGCCAUGUCUGCGCAUGCCACUGAGAGGUCAUGCUUCCAAAACAUCUACUUCUUAAAUAACUUCUAAUAGUAUUAGUAAGAUUUCACUGCUGUGUUAAUACCACCUGCUGUACAUUUAUUAGUCCUAAUAAUGGUGAACCUUCAAGCUAUGAACAGAUCAAAGUUUGGGAAAGUUAAAGGAGGUGUAGAGGGAUGAAUGGAACAGGAAAAACAAAUUGCUUUGCAACAAGCACUAUGGAUAUAAAUUUUGACACUCCUGGUUCUUGAAAUGAGGCAUUGCUUUGCAGACUACCUUCCCCAUAUUGCUGUAAUGUCUUGAGCAAGUGUUUUGAGCAAGAGUUUUAAGCAAGUGUUGUCUGCUAUGUUUGAGUAAUGACCAUAGUUAGAUCUCAGAGCUAAAUUUGAUGUAGAAUUAUAUAAAAUUAUUAACUUUUUUAAUUCUGAAGGGUGAAGAUGUUAAUCGGACACUGGAAGGUGGGAGGAAACCUCUUCACUAUGCUGCAGACUGUGGACAGCUUGAGAUCCUGGAGUUCCUUCUACUAAAAGGAGCUGAUAUGAAUGUAUGUAUGUUGAUUAAAACUCUGUCUAGUUCUGGUUUAGUUCUGUCUUUGACUGAAGACAAAUGAUAGUUUUCUGUGCAUUUCAAAACAAUGAUGUAGAGGCAUAGUUGUCCUUGGAUGUAUGUGCAUAUUAUUAGUAGUAGUAGUAGUAGCAGCAGCAGCAAUGUUUGCUCCACCGUUGCCUCUUCUUCAAACAGGUUUUGCAUGUAUUUUAAACAAUACAAAAACAGACUAUUCAUUAGAAGGGAUCAUGAGAUGCAUCCAUAAGUAAAAUGCCUCUUAUGCUACAUUCAGCUCUGUGAAAACUAAUAUGUGUCCAGUCUUCAGUAACUGGCCGAUAAUUAAAAAUAACUAAUCUGGUUAAUCUGAAUGGCUCAGACAUUUGAAUGAUUCAACAGUUCACUACACAAUUUGUAUGAAGUGAGUUUUUACACUUCCAUUUUAUUUGAUACAAUGCAAUUUCUGUCUGGUUCAUAUUAGACCUAUGAAAGGAUAAAUCUGCUUCAUUAUUAGUAUUCUAGUAAGAUAAUAGUAGUUGGUAUUAUCUUAGAAACUGCUGUCUGCAGUAACUGUCUUCUAUUCAGGUUAAAGUCUGCCAAUUUUCUAAUGUGUUUUGUAUACUAAGUUUUUAUGUAAAUAUUUUCACCCUGUUCUUCAACCAAAAAAUAUCCUAGAUGAAUCAAUAACAAACAGGGCAACAUCUACCCUUAGGCUUGCAGUCUAAAGGCCAUGAUACAAAAGGGGGAAAGAGUCUAUAGGAAAGAGGAAAUCAAGAAAAUCCAUGCCCAAAUUCUUAAAUGUAUGAAGUUCCUAUGAUGACUAGCUGAGAUGAAACACUUCAGGGAGAAUAGGAGACUUAAAGGAGCUACUCUUUUGGAAUGGCCUUGCCUCCCAUCCUUCCCUCUGCUGUAGCCUGAUGUAAUUCCAUUUGGUAACCAAUUCCAAUAAUUAACAGCAUUUAUAAACCAUUUCAGGAAAAUUAGGGACAUGCUUUUGCAGAAGUAAAGUGUAGGUCUGGACUUGCUUUCAUUUAGCAACAUUGCAGCUGGCUAAAUAUGUUCUGUGUGCAACAGUACCAUUUUUGGCAGAUACCCACCUGCCAAGAAUGUGAUAUCUGAGCAUUAUUAGAUAUAGUAUAUUGUAGAUGGAAUUUAUUGUGUAACUUCAUUUCUCUUUCUUACAGGCUCCAGACAAACACAAUAUCACUCCACUCCUUUCAGCAGUUUAUGAAGGCCAUGUGUCUUGUGUGAAGUUACUCCUGUCAAAGGUAAGAAACGGAGACCUGCCUGGUGGUUUAUUAAUCAUUCAGCAACUUAACAAAUUCCACACUGCCUUCAAGCAUUUCAUCAUUUUAAUUUUUUUAAAAGCCUAAUAUUCAUUGGGUGGAAUCCAGCUAAGUCAUGCUGAGAGUAGACACAUUGAAAUCAAUGGACUUACAUUGGUUAUGGCUUAGCAGGUGAGAGGUAAGGAUGCUUAACCUUUCCUGUGUCUACUGUUUCUCCCCUGCAAUUUUCUCCUCUCUGUUAAGUUGCUUAUUGAUCUCAGUGGCUCUUUCCUAUUACUUAGUCAGUAUUACCCAGUGGGCACUAUACAAAAAUGGAAAAAUGGAAAUCCGUGCCCAUAGGCUUACAAUAUUAAAACAGACAAGAGACCGAAGAAGAGAAGCUAAGGACAAGGCUUUUAACAUAACUUGGGAAAAUCUAAGCGUACAGUCAACAGUGUCUUCCUUUUUGCUAUGAUUUAGUCUUGAAAGUCCCCUUAGGUAGCUAUCUUCUGAGCUGUUCUGAUGUUAUAGAAUGCUAAAUGCAACUGCAGUGAGAAGGAUAGCCAGAUUCAAUGUGACUACAAAAUAGAGGCUAGUCAAGCAAAGAGAAAAACUUCCUGCAGGAAGUUUUAGAAGAGCCACAUAUUUAGUAGAUAAAAGCUUGUUCUAAGUGAGAGCUUGUCACACCAUUGUACUGCACAAAACAGGCGAAUCUGAUUGGUGACUGGCUCUUCAUGAUUCCUUUCCCAAUACUGUUACCUGAAAUUACAUAGAUGAAGAUGCUGGUGAGUCAGCCUUCAGCCUCCUGCAUACAAAGGAUGUGCUCUGUUACAAAGUUUGGGCUACAUGUUUUCUAGCACACUGGAUAGACAAUCUGGAAUGUGGCCAAAUUUGGCUGAAACCAUUUCACAGACCACACACUUCACCUCUGGUCAGAAUCAGAACCCUGCUUUGGAAAAUCUGAAACUUGGUGCCCCCAGUGACUACAAUGGGGAAAUCAACAAAUAGCUAUAGUUGUUCUGCUCUCUGACAUAAUGAGAUAAAACUUGUAGACAUAAUAGUCUCUUCUAUAGGACGAAAUUUGCCAUAUUUCAUGCUGACAGGUGUAAUGAGGAGUUGUGUUGGGCAGCCUAACAGUUUAUAUAUAACUAUAUAACCCUACCUGCUUGUAAAGCCCCCAGAGAUCCACCAAAAUCCUUUUCUUUCAGGCAAAGAGGGUGUAUGUGUGUGUCCUCUUUUCUCUGUUUCAGAACUUGGAAGCCCAGAUCUCAUCACUGGCUCUAUAGCAAGAGCAUCUGUGCAUCUAAAGCUCUUCCUGCACACAUCCCUCCCCAUAUUAUUUCAAGAGGGGAGGGGAGUAUCCUCCUUUUGGGGGGGAUGGGAGCCCUGCUCAUCACUUGCAUUUUUAUUAUAAGCAGUGACAAAGUAGGCAGCAGAGGUGACAAGGGCAGCUAUCUCCCAGCACCUCCACAAACUCUGGUACCUAUAUCUUUUUACCCAUCAUAAGCUUCUUGCAGGCUUAUGAUGGUGCCAGAAAAUGGUGCCUUGCCCUCCUUGUAUCAGCAGCCAGGGAGAAAGCACAGGGAGAGCUUGACUCAGGUUAUGGGGACUCAGUGGGACUUCAUGUUCCUGUCUGCCUUGGAGACUGGGUGUGAACCAUGAAUUAUUGGUGCUUCUCAGUCCAUUAUUUGAAGCCUUCAGUACUGCUGCUAUUUGCCACACAGUCACAAAAAGCAGUGGAAAAACACUGGAAGACUUUCUGGUAAGUUCCACCUUGGGUACUGACGGGAAGUUAAAAAAAAAAAGAGCCCUGUAAAAUCCUCUGGUUGAGAGCUACAGCUGUCAGUCACUAAAGUACACCCCCACUUCCCUGGUAUUUUCUUUACAGGGAGAGCAUCUAGGGGUACGAGAGUACGAAUUUUCAGUGUUUGUGCAUUUGAAUAGGUUCUGAAAUGUUGGAAACAGACAGAGUUGCCUUGGAACAGUUCAGAAGGAAAUUGCUUUGCUUUGGCUGACUCCCAAAUAUAUGAAAUGUCCCACUUUGGUUCUGGAUUUGGAAUUUGUCUGAAGCAAAUGCACACAGCCCUAGUAUUUGGUUGACUUUAACAUUGUCAAACUAAGGAAAAUAAAGCCAAUUUAUUCUGAGAGCUUUUCCCCUUCGGAGGUUGUAUAGGACACAUACCAUCUCAUGAUAACAAAAUACUGUGGUUCUCUUGAGUUAAAAUUGUGUGUGUUUACUUGCUGUUUAUCUGAAAAAUAUAGAGAGAUCUUGCUAGGAUUCACUCAUACUAAAACUUCAAGCCAGCAGAAGUAGGUUAUGAAUUGUAUUCUUUGUCCUUAAAGUACUUGUGGAGUCAAAAGUCUGUAGAUUCAUCUUUUGACUUUAAAAUAAAGGCUUGGAAGCUAGUUAGUGUCACUUUGCGCUUUUUCAACUCUGGUACUGAGUAUAUGGGAAGGGUAUAAAAAGAACAAAGGGAAAAUUUGAAGAAGACCUUCAAGGUUGUUUUUUUGUCAAUGCCAGUAGUUUCUGCCUUUGAUUCAGAAAGUAUAUUUGAUCACAUCAGUAUGAGUUUGUUCUAUCACAAAUGAGUUGAUUGUGUGGAUUACUUUAAAAAAAGAAGAAGAAAAAGCAAAGUAAUUACAAUGUUUAGAUCUCAGUGGAUCCUGGAUCACUGAAAUGUGGCUUGCUGUGCUAAAACUCCCCUCACCUGCUGAUCACUUCCAUAAGUUUGCUGCCAAAUGUUUUGUUGUUUUAGGUCAACCUGCCUUGAUUACCCUACACUGAAUUGAUGGCAUCGGUGCAUAUGCAUGAUUGUAUUUCUCCCCCAUUUUAACAAUCUUUUUAGUCCUAUAGUUGAAACAUUGUUUGUAUUUGAGAUUUAUUUAUUUUUAAGUACUGUUGGUUUUCUUUCUAUACUUUUCCUUGUAUCUUGACAAAACCUCUUGAGUUUCUAGUUUGAGUAGGAAACAUUCCUCAACCCUUUACCCAAAAAGCAAGACACAUUAUUUCAAUCUGCAGGCUGGUUAAAAAGAAAUUAAAUCUAUGCUAGCUUCAUAAUGCAACAUAGAUGUUUACUAAUCUUGUGGAACAUUAAGACCCCUGUACGAUCUUCAGUAAAGAAAACAUUUUUUCCUUAAUUUUCCUCCUUCUGCAAGUAGUACAGGAGCACUCAAGCCAAACGUCAUUUCUUGCCCUCUCCCCCUUUUGUGUUCUUUUCUCAUGCCAUUUUCCUCAAAUGUACUCCAAAUAAUGUGGAGACUGACAUGCUCAAAUUGAUUUAUUAUUUUACCUCAAACUAAGGUGUACUUGGAAAAUUUUCGAGUGUGGCGAUUUCAAGUGAAUGAGUGUUCCCAGACACAGCUGACAUACUAAUCAUAGUGAUUGGCUAUAGUCUAUUACAGCCUUGACUUUGACAGAGUGGAGCCAUUAAGCAUCUUUGGGCCAUACUUCUGUGCUUGUGGUACUUCAAGACCCACCUGACAUCCCCUUUAAAAGACAGACAAACCUGUGGAAAGUUGACAGUCUAACUUGAAGGAGUACAUCAACCUUUCUUCUAGGCCGAUGUCUGCAAUAAUUAAAGUGCUUUUAACUACCACAUUUACUCGAAUGUAAUGCUCACCUUUUUUGGCCAAAUUACGUUGAGAAAAUUAAGGUGUGCAUUAGAUUCGAUGGCACUUUUACAUUCAGCAGCAAAUACUUCAUUUGGUUUCAAGGUUCUGAAAAUUCAGGUGUGCGUGAGAUUCACUGGUGUAUUAGACUCGAGGAAAUAUGGUAGGUUUUUAACUAGACAGAGUUUCAAUCCUUUUAUCUCUGAAAUGACUGCAUCUAGGAAUAGUAACUGUUGUAGAGCGUAACCUUUUCCAACAUUUUGUAGAGGUGCAUGUGGGUGUGGAGGAAAUGCUCUGGAAGUCUGAUAUUUAUAUUCCACUGUACGCCUACAUAUAUGUACACCCACAUGUAUAUAUAUAUACCUGUACGCCUAUAUAUAAAGCUCCAGAAGGUUACUUGUAGGCGUACAGGUCAAUGUCAUCUAGAGUUCUUUAAUUUCCUUUUCCUUCAAAAGUUGCAACACUUGGGACCAGAUUCAACUAAAUUGUUGCACUAGCAGGAACCACCACGAGUCCUGCUAAUACAACAGGGCUACCCAUCCUCCUCCUCUCACCCAAAACUACUGGGGGGGGAGGUGUCAGGGGGGAAAACCCCAGACCACCACGUGUGGGGAAGAGAGAGAAGAGCAGUCCGUCAGGCAAGCAGAAAUGUUUGCACUGACAGAACAAUCACUUUGAAUUCCACCCUGGAGCUGUGAGAGGUCUUUAGCAGAAUGGAUCCCAGGCCACUAAAGGUGUAUGGUAAAACUCCAGUGUAUAUGCAAAUCCAGUAAAGGCUUUGGAACAGGAUUGAGGCUGUGGCUCUGAAUCAGAAGAGGAGUCAAGUAGGCAAGGUUUGGGAACCAUGGUUUCACCUGGAUUUAAUUGGCAUUUUGUCUUAAGAUAACUAGAACUGGGUCUUUUGAUUGAAAACUUUAAUGUAUAUUAAUACUUUGAAAAUACUAUUAUUCAAGUGGGCCCAAGAGGCUGAGGUGUCUUCAUGGGAGCAUGAAGCUUUCUAUAACUUAAAUGUGCUAUUUGGAUUGUGAGAUUACUUAAAGCCUGUCUUUUUAAUGGUGAAUGAAUUGAAAAUGAUCUCUCUUGUUUAACGUACACACCCUAGUCAAGCCAAUGUGACUCUAGUUGAAGAAAUUAUAUAGACUGUAAAGUAAGAAAACAAACGUACCAGGACCCUCUCACGAGAAACUGAUUCUGGUACAUGUAAUUCCACCAUUUCUCUAAAAGUGACAGCUCUUCUCCUCUCUUUACAGGGUGCUGAUAAGACUGUGAGAGGGCCAGAUGGUCUGACUGCCUUUGAAGCCACUGACAAUCAGGCAAUCAAAGCUCUUCUCCAGUGACGGAUGGACUGAGAUCUAAUGUCUCUCCUGUGGCCUCACACUGCUGCCUGUCUGUCACUCUUUGUAUCUUCCAGCUUCUUCAGCUAAAUAUUGGGGAGGGAGGAAAAAAAAUCACAGUAAAUCAGACUAGUUAGGUACCUCUAUCAAAAAGACAACCUGCUUGGAGAAAGUAGAAAUCCAUAUAAUUGGUUUCUCCUUAGGACUUUGUUCAGGGUACAAUUUUCCCCCCAUUUCUAGCAAAAUUGAACCUCUGCUGGAGAAGGGGCGAAGAAUGGAGUCUAAAAUUUAGUCUGCAAACUUUCCUUGUUCUUCUAAGACUUGCUGGAAGUUUGUCAGACAGAAGCUCCAUCCCUGUACUUUCUAACUUGUAAAGGCAGUAGCAGCCCUGUGCUGCUAUGCUGUCAUCUCCCAGUCAAGGCACUGGGAUAACUGUAUCCCUGUGCCUUACGUAGGUUGUGCAGUGCUGAAGGCUUUGGUUUAUCAUUCCCCGGUAUUUAACAGUUGGAUGCCACACUAAUUUUGGCUGCCUAUUUUAACAUGGAAUAUACAGUGAUAGCAGGAAUGCAUCUCAAAACGGGGUGCCAAGGGAUGAUCAAAAUCGUGUGGGGGUUUUUCCACCAUCCAAACAUUUUGUGAAGAACCAGCCAGAUGAUAGACAGUGCUUAGUUCUGGGUAAGAUUUGCUCUUCAAAGACUUCCAGUUGGAACUUCCUCACCCCAGCACAUCAUAAUAUUAACUGGAAGAAAGUGACAGCUCCAGACCUAUUGGUGCUAGAGGAUGAUGACUUUGCCCUUCAAGAUUUAGACUCAAAGUAUCUUAAUUACUAAAGAAGGAAUGGCUCUCAGUUUAAGUUAAUUUCAUUCUUUUAAAGAAGGCAGGAGCUUCCUUUGCCCUAGUUUCAUCCUCAACACAUUGAUCUUGUAAAAUGCAUAUGUCUCUGAAAUAAGAUUUGAGUCACUGCUAUGGCAUUGUCUAUGAAAAAUGUAAUUUGACAGAUUAAAUAGUCAUGUUUCCAAAGGAAACCCUGCCUUUAUUGCUGCCCAGUAAAGGAUGCUUCUUUGUACGUGACAUUUCACAAAUACUCUUCAAGAUGACAUUUUUAAAGAACAUUCAGGCAUAAGGUUUUGUAAUAUGCUAAUGUGUUGAUUAGAAGAUGCUGGGGCAAAUAGCACAUGAUAAAUUUUGUAUCAUGUUAAAAAUUUCCCACUGAGGCUUCUACUGACUUUGCAUCAAGAUGUGCAAUACAAUGUCUUCAUUGUCAUCCAGGUAACUGGCGUGUGCUUUUGUAUACACAUUUCAUAGUGUUGAAUGUACCUUUUCAAUUUUGAAAGCAUUUCAUUUAAAUGGGAAAACCCUCUGUAUACCCUAGUAAAACAGAAUUAGGAAUAAGGCCUCUAUAGACAAUGCAAAAUUGCAGGCUAGCGUUACAUCUUAAAUUGCCAUUUAUUUGUCCCUUAUUAGCACUGAUACCACCCCCAACAUUCAAAUAUUCAGCAGCAAAGGGGGGGGGGGAGAAACUAGAUUCUUUAAAGGCUUUCUUAAAAGUAGAACCAUGUUAAUCUGGUUUUGUUUUUUGGUUUUUUGUAUUGGUGCAGGAAUGUGAUAUAGAAAUAGCAAGCUUUGCAUGCAGAGUCUGUGUAGUCACAUGUUCACCUUCCUAUGCGACACGAAAGGCGUUGCUUAUGAAGAUGCUAAUUGAGUAAAUGAACAUGUUCAGAUUAAUUUUAAAUCAAACGUUCUUAGUCAUAGUAGGCAUGAUCCACUUAAUAUCUCCUGAAGUUAAAUGAAAGAUCUGAUGGAUCAAGUGAAGGAGAAAUUGAAAUUGUGCUUCAUGACUGGCUAUUUCAUAACCCUGUGUCCAUUCGCCUUCAAUCCUCCUUAGAUAGUGUUGGAUCACUUUGAGCCUCUUUCGUGCAGUUCGUUGCCCAAACAUUUGAGGCUCUGCCUGCUUGCCUUUUCUUUAAAAACUAUCAUGUUGGCGUUUUGCACAGUUCUUUUUUUCUGGCACAUCUUUAUUCGCAACUAGAGAUGGAUUCUGAUGUGUGGCUAUAAUAAAGUAUAUUUUAGCCACUUGGGUCAGAAUACGUAAGAGUUUGCUCUAAGCCAAACUAAUGUUUCUGAAUUUGCUAUGGCAUAAAAGGUCCACCCACUGUUUUCUGUUUUAGAAAUCAAGAAAUCAAACCCAACUUUAGAUCUUUGUGUGAACAGAUCAUGUGCUAUUCAUAUCAUAUCCUGCUUUUCAGAAGAAAAAUGAUGGCUACCAAUGUCUCAUGCUAGCUCUUAGAUAGUGAACUCUUGGAGUAAAUUCUUUUUCAAGGUAGGAAACUUAAGAGAAGUCAAAGCUAGCACUCUAGAAAUCAAAUUCUAGCACCAAUAUCCUUCCUUUACUUUCAGAUUUCAGAUUUCAAUUUAAAAUAAUGACUUGCGGUCUUAAAGCUUUCUGCUCCCCUUUGUAUAGGCAUUGCUUUCUUAACUUAGUUCUUUAAUGCAGUACUAAAUGGGUUAAUUGAUGGAUAGAAGAAGCUGGUAAGAGUGGAAUGUCCUAGUUGAGCAGUUGCAGUGUUGCAUGCUAAAUCUCAAACUGAACAGUCUUAUAUUUUAUAAAUGGGGAAAACAAUCACAUCUUUCUACCCAAUUGAUGGAGGAAAAAUAGUGCUUUGUGCAUUUUGAUAUUUGACCUUUUUCCACAAUGUAACUAUUUUGACACAGUUUGGUUUAUCAUUAUCAUGGUUCAUAGACAUUGGAUUGCUAAAUGAUACUGUGUUAAGUUUGUGUUGCAAGAAUGAAUGGAAUAAACUUGAAUUGUGCUAUAGAAAAAUCUGAAGCUUUAUCUGCCUCUGUAUACUUCCCACGCUGUUCUCCCUCGACUGCCAACCUUAUAGAAUUAUAGCUCUACUAUAAUUCUCUGCAUCUAGCACUUUGCAACUUCAUUAAAAUCCUUUGUAAAACCCGUUUUGUGUACCCCACUCUUACUCUGAUAUUAAGGUAGUUAAAAUGGCAAACCUCAUAUUUUGGGAAAGGCCUAUCUUGAUUAAGUACUUUGAAGCUCCCAACUCAAAAUUAUAAUCCUGCUGCCUCUGAUUUUAUGUUCGAUUCUUCUCUCAUAGUUAGAUGAGGAUGCAGAACAUGUCCCUUAACACACAUUACCUAGAUCAGCAAACCUACAAUUUUGGGGGAUGCUCAUAACUCUACAUUACAACUCUUAAUUUUCUGAAAAGAAACAUUCCCAUAUUAAAGGGAUGUGUGAAUACAGAAUACAUGCAUGCAUAUGCCUCACUUAAAUUGCAAUUACUUGAUUACCCAAGGCCUGGGCAGGUUCAGGCAUUCAACCCAGCCACAAAUUACUGUUUUUGAAGAGUAUGCCUGAGCACUGAGGAUUAAUGCAUCUGGUGUUGAGUUGAGUGUAGUUAUUUGCAUAUAUGAAUGUAUCUGCAAUUAACCUGACUCCCAUGAUUCUCUUGUCACACACACCCCACGC